GGCCUAAACUCCCGCGGAUUACGUUGGUUAAUCCGCGUGCACGCACUGCGCGGCACAUUACGGGACAGCGCUCGCGCUUCAGGGAGACUCUGUCUACAGACGAGAAACACUCGACUUGUGACGCAUUUCUCCCGUAAACCAGGAUGUCAGCAGGAGCGGAGGGCGGGGCUGAUGCCGCCAAAGAGGUGCGGCCUACACAGCCACGCCCAUUAUCACAUGACCGGGUCACACUAGUGGUUGAUGGGACUCAUUUUGUGGUAGAUCCUGCAGUAUUCACCGCUUACCCGGAUACAGUUUUGGGGAGAAUGUUCGGUCGAGCGCGUCAGCACAGCUUCACACGGCCCAACUCUAAAGGUGAAUACGAGAUCGCAGAGGGUAUCGGUGCCAGCAUCUUCAGAGUCAUUCUGGAUUAUUAUCGGGUCGGUGUGCUGCAGUGUCCCGAGGGCGUAUCUGUGCCUGAACUUCGUGAAGCCUGCGAUUAUCUGUGUAUCAACUUUGAUUACAACACCGUCAGAUGCCGAGACCUUAGUGCUCUGCUGCACGAGCUGUCCAAUGACGGCGCUCGGCGUCAAUUCGAGGCGUUCCUGGAGGAGCAUCUGGUUCCAGCGAUGGUAUCGAGCGCUCAGGAGGGCGAGAGAGAGUGUCGUAUCGUGGUUCUCACGGAUGAAGAUACCGUAGACUGGGAUCGCGACAAUCCUCCACCGAUGGGAGAGGAAAACUCCCAGAUCUUGUACAGCACCAAACUCUUCCGUUUCUUCAAGUUCAUCGAGAACAGAGAUGUAGCAAAAGCUUUGCUGAAGGAGCGAGGCCUUAAAAACAUACGGAUCGGCAUCGAAGGUUACCCCACCUGCAAGGAGAAAGUGAAGCGGCGUUCGGGUGGAAAGUCUGAGGUCAUCUACAGCUACGUCCAGCGUCCGUUCAUCCAGCUGUCCUGGGAAAAAGAGGAAGGAAAAAGCAGACACGUGGAUUUCCAGUGCGUACGCAGCAGGAGCGUUCCGAACCUCAUCACUGCUGUGGGGGAGGGGCCUACUUGGCCUGGGGCCACGCCCACUCCACAGGUGGAUGAGUUGGAUCGUCUGAAUGGUCCGCCCCUUGAGGUGCUUCAGCAGUGACUGAAGUAUUCAUUCGGAUACGAGUAAACUGAAGCAUUGGACAAAA